AUGUAUGCAGUGUGGGUGUUGGUUACUUUGUUCUUUGACCCCCUCUCCCUCUGUCUCCCUGUGAAGCAGUUUCUUCUUUCCUACCAUUCUGGGCAUUUUUUGAUCUUUCUCUCUUUCGUUCUUUAUUUCUUUUUUUUUUAUUUUCUCUUUUAUUUUGUUUCUUUUUUUCCUUUCUUUUCUUUUUCGUCGUACUCUUUCCUGAUCACUUUUCUGACCCCUUGUUUUUUUUUUCUUUUCUCUCUGCCUUAUCCUUUUUUCUUUCUUUCUUUCUUUUCUUCUUUCGUUUUUUCUCUUUUCUCUGCCUUUUCCUUUUUUUUUUCUUUCUUUGCUUCUUUCGUUUUUUCUCUUUUCUUUUUUUCUCUUUUCUUUUUCGUUUUUUUCUUGUUUUUUCUUUUGCUUUCCUUUUUCGUUUUUCUCUUUUUAGUUUUUCAUUUUGUUUUCUUGUUUCUUUCCUUUUUCUCUUUAGUUUUUCAUUUUUUUCUUUUUUUCCCGCUUACGUUUUCGUUUUUUCUUGAUUUUCUUUCGUUUUUCUUUUCCUUUAAAUUUUUCGUUUUCUCUUGUUUUUUCUUUAUUCUUUUCCUUUACUUUCUCUCAACUCAUGUUUAUCUGUCUCGGCCGGUUCGUGCGUCGUCUGUUUCGUGCGUCUCUCUGUCUCGGCCGUUUCGUGCGUCGACUGUCUCGUGUCUCGGCCGGUUCGUGCGUCUCUCUGUCUCGGCCGGUUCGUGCGUCUCUCUGUCUCGGCCGGUUCGUGCGUCUCUCUGUCUCGGCCGGUUCGUGCGUCUCUCUGUCUCGGCCGGUUCGUGCGUCGUCUGUCUCGGCCGGUUCGCACCUAUUUGUCUGCCACUAUUUUUCUGCUCCCCCACUCAACUGUUCCAACCUUUCUUGAUCUCCCCCACCACACCCAGUCCUCUAACUAUUACCGUCCCCAUACUGUUUCCUCUGCCUGCCAUUGCAUUCUCCACUCUUGAAAUCUCAAAAGCCCUUACCCAAAUUCAAACCCCUAUUCGCCUUCUAAAUGUCCCCUUUUUCUUUCCUCAUCCUAUUUUCUCUAUUCCGUUCCCUUUUCUCUCCCUCCCCCACUCCAUAUUUCACUUCACACUCCUGUCCCUUAAGCCUUCAUUCCAUUUUCCAGUCCUACAAACCCCCUUCUCCGUUCCACUGGCCCACUUCCCCCCAGCCCCUAUGCCUCGCCCAUGGCUGACUACUAACAUCUCUGCCGUUGUCAUUCAGUCAGACCCUUUGGGGAGGGGGGACUGGUCUGGUUCGGUGGUGCAGGCUGACGAGAAACGAAACGGGGUGGAAUUAGAAGUGCCGAUGGGGGAAGGGCCAACAACUGGGCCACCGGGCGAGCCUGUUGCAUUUACUCGCAACUCACAAACAAGUGGGCAGGCCGAAAAUGCAGCGCACUUCGCCUUCUCCGCUCCCCUUGAAGUGUCUCGUCAGCGCACUUUGCCUUCUCCGCUCCCCUUGAAGUGUCUCGUCAGCGCACUUUGCCUUCUCCCCACCCCCUUGAAGUGUCUCGUCAGCGCACUUUGCCUUCUCCCCACCCCCUUGAAGUGUCUCGUCAGCGCACUUCGCCUUCUCCCCACCCCCUUGAAGUGUCUCGUCAGCGCACUUCGCCUUCUCCCCCCCCUUGAAGUGUCGUCAGCGCACUUCGCCUUCCCCCCCCCCUUGAAGUGUCCUGUCGUCUCCCACUUUCGCCUUCUCCUCUGUCCCCUUGAGUGUCUCCGCACUUUGCCUUCUCCCCACCCCCUUGAAGUGUCUCUCAGCGCACAUCGUCCCCACCCCUUGAAGUGUCUCGUCGCCUUCUGCCUUCCCCACCCCUUGAAGUGUCUCGUCAGCGCACUUCGCCUUCUCCCACCCCUUGAAGUGUCCGUCAACCCUUGA